AUGGGGCAAGACACUCCUCCGUAUGAAGAAAGCCUCCUGUCUAUCUUCCAGAAAUACUUGCUGGUCUUCUGCCUGAUCCUUCUCCUCUCAAGGACUCUAUGUGAUGCCCACUGUUACUUUCGACCAUCCAGCAAAUAUGGAUGCCUUUCAAAUGGAAACCUGUAUGUCUUUGGUGCUGCAUGGAAGACUGAACAUUGCUACCAAUGUAGGUGUAAGAUGACUGCAAUGAUCUGCUGCAGCCUAGUUUCAAUCCCCAAGAAGUAUGACAAAGUGAACUGUGUUGGUCUGUUCCACAAGAAAAGCUGCUCCAUCCGAGUGGUGAAAAAGACCAAUCCGGACAUAAGCUGCAAAGUCUACAAUGGAGUUGGUUAA